AAGCCCCUUCGGAGCUACGAUUCUUACCCCCUUUUGGUCCUAUCAUUUAGGAAGGUUGCCGCGCGCCGGCUGGGACGACGGAGGCUUGCCGGCGUAGAUCGAUGGUGGCACGGUAAGAUUAUCAUGGCAAGCGUCACCGCUCAUCAUCAUAAACGCAAGGUGAUGGUGGUGGCCGACCCGACCCGGGAAUCGGCGGCGGCCCUGGAAUACGCCCUAUCCCAUGCAAUCCUGGAAGGGGAUACCAUUAUUCUCCUCCACGUUGAGAACCAAACAAACGCGUGGAAAAACCCGAUUGGGUCGUUCUUUAAAUGGCCGCCCUUGCCGUCGUUGGAGUUUUUGGAAGCGUUGAAGCGUGCAUGCGAGAUUGCGCAGCCGAAGAGUAGGGUGCAGACGGAGAGGGUGGCCAUAAUGGAAGGGAAGGAUAAAGGUUCACUCAUUCUUUCCCAUAGCGCCAAGCUUGGGAUUGAUCUCCUCAUUAUAGGCCAAAAGAGGACUCUAUCCCAUGCUAUCCUAGGGAACAUGAGUGGAUCGUUAAGGGGACAAGACACUGCAGACUAUUUGAUCGAGAACAGCAAGUGCACCUGCGUUGGAGUGCAGAGAAAAGGCCAAAAUGCAGGAUAUAUUCUUAAUACCAAAAUACAGAAAAACUUUUGGCUCUUAGCUUAGCUUCAUUAUUUAUAUAUCUCAUAUGUACUGGUAAUACAUUCUGCUUUCACCAUUCUUUCCACUUGUAAAUUCACUCAUCCUAUCUUGUUUCUGCUAUCCACCACUUAUCUGUUCAUUUCUAUCAAACAACCUUUGUGUUGCAACAUAUGUAUAAUUGCAGUUGAUUUUACUUUACUUUGGUUGUUUUGCA